GAAACUGAACCAUUCAAGUCUCAUAAACUGCCUGGUCACCCACAUAAGACGAGUGUGCAAAGGAACAGGAUGAUAGGGAAACUUUCAGUGGGGGACCAGUCCAACACUGUAACUGGAAUUGCUCGCCAAAUCAGUUCUGGACAGGGCAAGAAUUUGUCUUGACAGGGUCUUGCUGUCUGGAACAAUAUGGACUAAAAGCCCACUUCACAGUGACCGAGCCGCUCAUCAGCAAGAAGAAUGAAAAGACUACCCUAGCCCCUUGCCGAGGAGUAUGCUGUUUGGACAGAGGAGAACUGGUCCAAAGUUCAUUUCAGUGAUGAAAUCAAGUUUAAUUUAGUUGGUUCAGAUGGGGAUUUAUGUACCUGCCUGCUGCUGAUGUGCCAGUUAUUGAAAGCAAGGGUCUCUAACUAUAAAUUUCUGAAAGUUGUAACCAUUAAAAAAAAAGUUGACAGAAUUCAUUUGUAAGCUUUUUUAAAAAAAAUAAAAUAAAAAUCAACCGUUCUCUAAUUUUGAUCGCAUACCUACUUCAAAUUUCUUGUUUAAACCAUUUAUUCUGUGACAUGGCAUAGCUUUCACUGAUGAAAUAUGAUUAAAAUACGUGUCUUCUAUUCAUGUUAGAAUAACUUUGAAUUCAGAUAAGCUUUGACUUUGCAUAUUACAAAAAUGUCUCUUUUUCCUUAAUUUUGAUCGGAUUAGUAAAUAGAUGUGAAUGCAAUAGUAAAUGUGAAAGUAAAUAAAUGUGUAGAUGUGCAAACUUCACACAGUGGAUAGAGAGGGAUACUUUUCUACUUUUACUAUCUUUUGACUCCAUAUCAAGCUCAGGUUGGUCGUGCAGCUAUUUCAAAAAGUACGUGCAGAUAAAGCAUCAGUUAAAUUCACUGCUUUCAGUGACAACACAUUUCUUAGUUACUCUCUGACAUUUAAUGACAUUUAAUAAUCUUAAUUCAUUACUCCAUUUAUAUAAUUUUUUCAUAGGUUAAAAUGUCAUCAUCCUGAUCCUUUCUCUUCUACCCCGACUAUCUGAUAGCUCUUUGUUCUCUAUUCGUAACACACACAAGAUCCUUUUAUUAGCAUCCUUCAUAAAGAACAAGGAGCAAGUGAGCGGGGGAUGGAGAGAGGAGGGAAAGGAGAAAAACAACAGUUUGAGAGGAACUCGGAGGAGAGCGAGGGAGGAUUCUCAGUUUCCUCUGCUGUUUCCCAAGGGACUCAACAAGCAUGGCAUCGGAGGCGAGCUCUCAGCCCAGAGUGAUGUUCCACACCCAGGAAAAGGAGAAGGAGGAUGAGGAGUGCCCCCGGUGCACACUCGUCAAGCUGACAGUCAAGUACAACCGCAAGGACCUGCAAAAAAGGCUCGACAUUGAGGAGUGGAUAGAGGGCCAGCUCCACCUGCUCUAUGACUGUGAGGAUGAUGACAUACCACAGUUAGAGAUUGACAUAGAUGAGCUGCUUGAGCUGCCAGAUACUGAGCAACGAUCAAGACUGCAAGAACUUCUUCAAGAAUGUGCAAAGCCAAAAGAGGAGUUCAUCAAUGGACUGCUGUAUCGAAUGAAGGGACUGCGCAAGAUGUCAGUAACCUUGAAAAAGUGAGCGGAUUAGAGGGGGCCGAUUUUAGGGCCACCGUAAAUGCCUUGACCUCCACUAGACCCUUAUCUGGACAGAAGAUGCUGAUUUGGACUGUCUGCAUGGUCUUUGCUUAUCCUGUUUCUGUCAAGACCACAGAUUGCUCUAAAACCGUCAUGAGUCAGUGUGGGUCUCAAAGUGAACUAUCAGACAGUCAUUCUGUUAAUGUUGAUCGGCCAUGAUGAAUCUUUCUGUUAUACAUUUUUUGUU